AUGGCGGCGGCCCCUGUUCCCGGAGUGAUUAUUCUGGGGAGGGUUUUGGUCGGCUUGCGCGUCGGUAUGGCUUCCAUGACGGCGCCGCUUUAUAUAUCGGAAGCUUCUCCGGCGAGGAUCAGAGGGGCAAUGGUUAGAACUAAUGGGCUGCUGAUCACCGGCGGCCAGUUUGUUUCUUACCUCAUCAAUCUCGCCUUCACUCAGGCUCCAGGAACUUGGCGAUGGAUGCUUGGAAUCGCCGGAGUUCCUCUCUGGUUCAGUUUGUGCUAA